UCUGCCUCCUUUUUGUCUUCCUGUGUCUUAAAAUUGCCUUCUCAUCCUCUAUACAUGCUUCUUCCUUCUCAACAACGCUUCUCUGCUCUCAUGAGGAGGCUCUUGCUUUGCUGCAAUUCAGGACAUCCUUCUCGAUCGAUUACACUGUUUCGGACCCAUAUUCUUGUGGGGAUCAUUUUUAUUCUAAGAUUGAGUCAUGGAAGGAAGGUAUAGACUGUUGUUCCUGGGAUGGGGUUAGCUGUGAUAAUGUCACAGGCCAUGUAAUUGCCCUUAAUCUCAGCUGCAGUUUCCUUUCUGGCACCUUUCCUUCCAACAGCACUCUUUUCUCCCUCAGAAACUUGCAGAGCCUCAAUCUUGCCUUGAAUGAUUUUAGGCUUUCCAAGAUUCCAUCGGAAAUCAGUCAGUUUACUAGACUAAAGCAUCUUGAUGUCUCUUUUUCUCAAUUUUCGGGCCAAGUUCCGAGAGAAAUUGCUCACCUCCCCAAGUUAGUUUCUCUCAACCUCUCAGUUCUUUUGACUUGAUCCUUGAAACAACUACCUUGAGAUAUCUUGUUCAAAAUUUGAGUGAGGUGAGAGAACUUGUGCUUAGUGGAGUGAACAUGGCAUCUGUUAAUCCUCAUUUCUUCAUGAAUCUCUCUUCUUCAUUGACUACUCUUGAUCUUAGGGAUGGUGCGUUAGGAGGAAACUUUCCAAACAGUAUUUUCCGCUUUCCAAAUCUCAAGAAUUUUUAUUUAGAUGGAUCUUUUUGGGGGCAAAACCUCACUAUUGAUCUUCCAAGUUCCAAUUGGAGCAGUCCUCUCCAACGGUUGCAUUUAGGUGAGAUGGAUUGCGGAAGGCGAUUGCUAGAGUCUAUAGGAGAUCUAAAGUCAUUACAGUAUCUGAGUCUUAGCUGCAACUUGGAAGGUUCCAUUCCAGCUUCCAUAGGUAACUUAUCUCAACUAACUGAUCUAAGCCUCUUUUUUAACAAUCUUAACGGACAAAUCCCAUCAUCACUUGCAAACCUCACUCAACUUACCCAUCUUUACCUUUCCAAUAAUCAGUUUUCUGGUCCCAUUCCAGCUUCCAUAGGUAACUUAAGGCAACUAACUGACCUAAGCCUCUCUUUUAACAAUUUUAAUGGACAAAUCCCAACAUCACUUGCAUACCUCACACAACUUAGUCAUCUUGACCUUUCAAAUAAUCAGUUUUCUGGUCCCAUUCCAGCUUCCUUAGGUAACUUAAGGCAACUUACUAGCCUGGACCUCUCUUCUAACAAUCUUAGUGGACAAAUCCCAUCAUCACUUGCAAACCUACCUUUGUUAGAGUACUUGCAACUCAAUCAUAACCAAUUUCAAGGUCAAAUAAAUCAAUUCCAGCAAAACUCCCUCAUACUACUAGAUUUGUCAAACAAUAAACUCCAGGGCUCAAUUCCUAACUCAAUUGCUAAUUUAGUAAAUCUUAGUUUUCUCGAUUUAUCAUCAAAUCAUUUUAAUGAUUUAGUAGAAGCUGACAUGUUCUUGGCGCUUCAAAAUCUGGAAACCAUCUUUCUUUCAGACAAUAAUCUGUCCUUGAGAGUGAAUGUCAAUGCCAACUUCACAUUACCCAAACUAGCUCAUGUCUCCUUUUCUUCUUGUAACUUGAGUGAAUUCCCCAAUUUCAUAAGACAUUCAAAUGAUCUACAAAGCCUAGUGCUAUCCAAAAAUAGCAUUUGUGGAAAUAUUCCCGAAUGGAUAUGUGAAAAGGAUCAUCUCCAAAUUCUUGACCUUUCUCAUAACAAUUUAAUCGGGAAGAUUCCAAAUCGUCUUCCUAAGUUUCUCUCAGUGUUGAAUUUGCAGGCCAAUUACUUUGAUGGAAAUAUUCCCAAAUGGAUAUGUGAAAUAGAUGAUCUCGAAAUUCUUGACCUUUCUCAUAACAAUUUAAUUGAGGAGAUUCCAAAGUGUCUUCCUAAAUCUCUCAGAGUGUUGAAUUUACAGGCCAAUUACUUUGAUGGAAAUAUACCAUUUGGGUUUCUAGAGGGCUGUGGAUUACAAAAUCUCAACUUACAUGGAAAUCAAAUGGACGGGCUAUUACCAAGGUCUUUGGUGAAUUGUAGCAUGUUAGAGGUUCUAGACGUCGGCAACAACAGCAUAGAGGAUACAUUUCCUCAUUGGUUGGAAUCUCUACCAAACCUUCAAGUGCUUGUCUUAAGGUCCAACAAGUUCCAUGGUUCUGUGCAGAGCACCAAAGAAAGUCCAUGUUUUCCCAAGUUGCGUGUUUUGGACCUCUCCAGCAAUUAUUUUGUUGGUGCUUUGCCUGUUCUGUACAUUGAAAAUUUUAAUGCGAUGAUGGACCCUCAUAAAGAAGGUGGUUCCCCUGAAUACAUGAUGGUGUUGACGAGAACCAAUUCUUAUCAAUAUUCACUAGUUGUGACAUGGAAGGGAUUCGAAUAUGAGCUGCAGGGAAUCUUGACCGUAUUCAGUAGUAUUCAUCUCUCAAAUAACAUGUUUGAGGGAGAAAUUCCAGAUGUUAUUGGAAAGCUUAGUUCUCUCAAAGGGCUUAAUCUUUCUCAUAACAACCUUACUGGUCAUAUCCCACCGUCACUAGGGAAUUUGAUGAAUCUGGAAUGGUUGGAUCUCUCUUCCAACGAGCUGACGGGGAAAAUUCCUGAUGCAUUGGUAUCUUUGACACAACUCUCUGUAUUGAAUCUUUCAAAUAAUCAUCUUGUCGGGCUCAUACCACAGGGCAGUCAGUUCAACACCUUUGGAAAUGGUUCUUAUGAAGGAAACCUUGGACUGUGUGGAUUCCCAUUGUCAAAAUCUUGUGAUGGAAUUGGGACACCGCCGAGCUCCUUCCAAGAAAAAGAUGAGUUGUGGAGAUUUGGCUGGAGGGUUGUGGUGUUAGGCUAUGGAUGUGGAGUUGUUUUUGGACUGCUGAUGGGAUAUCUUGUCUUCCGAGCAGGAAAACCAAAAUGGUUUGUGUCUUUGUUUGAUGGCCGACCAAGUCAAAGUGGAAGGAAGAUGAGGAAAGCCAGAAGAAUUUUCCAGGCAUUUGACUUUCGGACAACUUUGAGAAACGAACCAUUCGUGCAGCUUUUCCAUUCUCUAUAUGUAUAUCCUUUAACUGUGAGCUUGAGUUGGAAAAGGAAUCUAUUCGUAAGAGUUGAGCUAAGAAAGGAUGAUGCAGAUGUUCGUAGACAACCUUUAGAGGCAAUGUAUCCAAGGGAACCUGGUUUAUCACUUCAGAAGUGGGCUCACACACAAGUUGCUGUUGGUGCUUGGGUGGCCUGCUACCAUGAUGAAAUUAAAGUUUCUCUCCCUACUGUUUGGACACCAUUGCAUCACCUUCUAUUCACUUUCUUCCAUGUUGAUCUUCAAAUGAAACUAGAAGCUCCAAAACCAGUAGUAAUUGGAUAUGCAGCACUUCCAUUAUCCACCCAUGCACAGUAUGCAACUGCCUUUAUGUUUGUCAUCUUUUGUUUUGUUUCUUUCCUUGAUGAUUUAUUAACUUACAUUAUUUGUUCUGCUACUGGAGUGAUUGGUAUGGUAGUUCAUGGUUACUUUCCUGGUUUAUGUUGUGGGUACUUGGAUGAUAUCAAUUCCGCGCUUGCACUUCGGGAUGACCUGCAAAGCCCCGAGGUGGAACUCGGGGUAGACACUCCGAUGCUUAAUUUGAGAUUGCGGAGACAUGGCAUUGUUGGCGGUAGAGCUCAUCUGAGAUCGUUAAGUGAAGAAAACAAUGAUCUGGGUGGUGACCAAGGUGAGGUUUUAGGUCUGAAUUUGAAGUCUCUGAAGAUUUUGCUGAAGCAAGGAGUCUUUAUUUGGGCAAUGCUUUGUUGUCUUCUGUUUUUCGCGUGCAAGAGAGUGCUCGCGGCGGAGGGAUUGGUGAAUGCAGGGUACAGAGUGAUUAAGGUUUCUUUGGUUCUUAAGAUUUUCAAAGAGCAAGGUGUGAUUCUGAUUGCACUUUUAGGUCUAUCUGCAUUCUUCUCAAUGGCAGAGACUUUUAUAACUACACUGUGGCCAUGGAAGAUUUGCUUUCUUUGUUUGAAGAUUGAUGGUUCUUAUAAUUAGUGAAUAGCAAUUGAAAUCUGAAUUUUAGUACGGAAACAUCAAAAAAGUUAAAUAUAUGAAGUUGAAGAGCAUUCACAGUUAUUGAUGGUUAAUGUUUCAGUAACUUUUAUGGUUUAGGUAAAUAUAUGAAGUUUGUGGUUGAUGUGCAAUGGCAUUUACUGACUUAAAUAUUGGGUUAAGUUUAGCAAAGAUUAAUCUGAUUUACUAUUUCAAAUCUUGAUUGUGAAGUUCAUGCAGCAGUAUUACUGUUGUCUUGUUUGGUUUGGAGGAUGAUGCUAGUUUCUUAUAUGAUCAUGUGGUUCAUAUUAACUCAUGGAAGAACAAGUUUUUUUUUUUUUUUCAAUGUCACCAAGCCAUUGGGAAACUAUGGUCUCAUUGGUGAUUUGAUGCUAAUUUGUGUCAGGUUCUAGCUGAAAAAGAGUCUGAAGAUGGUGUCUUUCGAAUGCUUCACAGUGAUGUAACGUAGUUUUUUACCACCAUUCUUAUUGGCACUACGUACUAGUCUUUCCCAUCAUCACUUAACUCAUCCAGUUCUGUGUGUCUAUGUUUGACUUUCGUGUGUGAUUUAUUUUUAGAUGCCAUUUUUGUCACUAGGGUGGUCAAUAUUGGAACAACUGCUUUAGUUACAAACACAGGAACAACAAUAUUUGGAGAAGCUGGUGUUAGUGCAACAACUGGAAUAGUGACUGUAUGUAUAUAAGAAUUCUAUCCUCUUUAUGUACCCCACAUACCCAACCUCCUUGCCUGCCUCUAUCCGUGCUUGUAUGUAGCUCAUUGUGAAUUUGUAGUAAAUUAGAGUAA